CCACAAAGAAAUGAAUGGCGUGUUUUAUUGCAAUCAAGAAGAAAACGAUCCGCAGAAGAAAAAUAUAAAUUAUAACUUUCAAUUUCACCCAGGGUUAGGCCGGUGUUAACGCACUCUCCGCAUCAUUGAAUGUACAUUUGCAGCGCAGUGAAAUUAACUUUUGAUGCUCUUGAUCAUGAGCUUCUUUGCAUUAUUACCUCGAGGACGUUGGUCUUUCAAAGUUGAUCGAUAAGCAAACGGUGGCAUUUCGUGCCAUCAACUGGCUGCUUAUCUUUAGUUGUAAAGUUGUUAGCUUAGAGUGUGGUAAGUGUAUAAAAUGCAUUCGGCAACUUCUGUAGGAAUUUGCGGUGGUCUGCUGCUGGUAAUGUACAAUCUGGGCUAUGCUAGAGCUACAGUUGUAACCAGCGUUAACUAUGUGUUCGAAGGCUUCAGUCCAUAUGCGACCUUGCGAUUUUUUGAAUUCAACGAUAAAGGUUGGAAUAUAAGUGAAAACUGUUUGCGUGACAUGUACAAUUUUUUGGAAGGGCUUCGGCGCGGAUAUCUGUGGGCUGUGAAGUUGUACGAUGCGACGGCUUACUACGCCGGAGGAGCUUUGGGUGGAGCAUCAAAGGUGCGGAUACACAACCCAAACAUUUGUCGUUCCCUACUGCAUCAGUAUAAGGAUCAGGUACAACACGCUUCUUGGAGUUUUAUUUCAAACGAAACUAUUGUGCCAUUCGCCGUACAAGUUGUUGUGGGUCACUACUUGUUGGACAUUGUAUACGGAGGUGGAUUCAAGAGUGAGAAAAUAGAGCAGCUCAUCUGUUUUCCAACUUCUUGCAAUAAUGGAGACUUGCAGCAGAUUUUAGAGGUGUAUCUCUUUCAAAGCAAUCACGUUGUGAGGAACAGUACAUAUCUGAGGCAUCGAGUACUAAGUGAUGUAUACAGCAUUCGCAAUGACACCGAUUCAUAUAUUUUAAUCACAUUCGUUUGCAGUUCUUUUUUCGUGUAUGCUUUGUUUUUUGUUCUGCGCAGUUACCACUCGUUUAUCAACUACUCCGAUUCCAGCAAUGAAGCCUUUCGAAACAAUUUUGGAUUCGUUGUGGAUUACAAAAAUUCUCUAUUGAGAAAUAUGAAACGCUUUGCCCGAAAGACCACAACAGACACUGGUACUGUUGACAUCAAAUUUAGAAACAAUUUGCCGCAAAUUCUAACAAAGCCACGAUCACAUAAGUUGGACGAUAUUCUUAACGCUGUUUCGCCACACAAUGUUCUUUACAAGUUAUUCGUUGGAGAUGUAUCACCACAGUCUAUUAUCUAUGUCAUAUUUACAAUACUCCUUAUCCAUGAAUAUUUGGACACACAAAUAAAAGCAGUUUCCAGUAACAUUGAACCUAAGUAUGGAACGUCAGUGCCAAAAGUCCCUGCUUUGCAUUACGCCAGUUUCCUGAUUGAUAUUUAUUUUUUUGUAAAUGGUUCGAAAUUGGCUUCAGAGUUUCUACAAAAGUUUCCUACCGAAAAAUACCAAGUUUCUCAGCAAAUGAUAUUCGUACUGAAGCUAACUCUUCAGAAAGCUUUGUCCCUUAGCCCAUCCUUUGCGUUUUGCACUUUCGCUGAACAUCUUUUGGACAAACAUUUUCACAAUAACAUCGCGCUGGAAAUUCCAUCGUUAGACUAUAAAACGUGUAAUAAGAAGUUAAGUAACAUUCUGUAUGUAGACACCUUCUUUCCAUUGGAGCAACGGUGUAUGCUCUGGACGUGGUUUCUUUCCCUCGAAAUGCAGUUCUUUAUUGUAGCGUGCUUGGUUUUACUUCUUGCCGAGAUUCACUCGGUAUAUGCUGUAAUUAUUGGAAUGGCUAUGUUUUUCAUCUCCAUUCUAGCUUCUGUAGUUUGGGAAUCGGAUCCGACGACCAACGAAGAAUUUUCAAUUUCGAAAUAUAUGCAAUAUGAAUUGGCUCAGUUCCAUUUGGUUUUCGAUAACCUCUGUCUGCGCAUUUCACCAUAUGUUUUGGGAGUGUGUGUCGGAUAUAUCCUGCAACGGACGCAAUCCAACAUGAAAAUAAACACUGGAAUAUUAGUUUGUGGGUGGCUUGCUUAUUUGCUAAUAUUCGGCUUGUUUAUAUUUGCUUACAAAUAUGGCUAUGAAAUUCUACUUCCCAACGCAGCCGGUGGACGCUGGUGUCAGGCGAUACUCUUCACCAUAUCCCAUGCUAUGUGGUCUUUGAUGCUGCUCUGGACUACUCUCACAGCUGAAACUCACCAGACUUGGAAACCAUUGAAUUUUCUACUAGCUGGGAGAUACUUGAAUGCUUUGGAGCGCUUAUCGCCGGUCUGCCUUCUUGGAGCUCCAAUUAUAAUUCGUCUGCUCGUAUUCACAACCGAUGCACCCAUUUACAAUUCUAUAGGACAAACCUUUUCCCUAUUUGUUGGAUGUUUGCUAAUGACUUAUCUAAGCGCGCUUUUGCUUCAUUUUUUAUUUGAUGGGCCACUCUGCGCCAUUCUCCAGGAGACUUUAUUUAAAUAAUCGUAUAUUUAAACUAUAUUUAAACUGCACUUAAAUGCCCAAUAUUGGCUAUUUAAAUAUGGAAAAUGCAACCUUGCUCCCUCCCAAGAAACAGCUGAUUACUCCCAGAAAAAUAUAAAAAUACAUAAACUAACGAAAAUA